GAGCGCCGCCAUGUUUUUGUACGGCAGUAUCGCAAAGCACGCCGGGACCGGUUGAGUUGAUUUUGAAGACGUGGAUGGCGGGAAUUCUCGCCCCUGGCCUGACAAGGACAUUGAGGUCCCUAUCACCGCUUGCUGGACAACUUCUUGAGAAGGCCCUUGGGAAUCUGAGAUGGAGCAGGCGAACCCUUUACGUCCAGAUGGCGAGUCCAAAGGAGGUGUUUUAGCUCACUUGGAAAGGCUAGAGACCCAAAUGAGCAAAUCCCGUAAACAGUCUGAAGAGCCACAGAGCGUGCAGGCCCAGGAAGGUGCUCUUGGAACCAAGAUUCAUAAACUGCGGCAUCUGCGAGAUGAGCUGAGGGCAGCAGUGCGGCACCGGCAAGCCAGCGUGAAAGCAUCUAUUGCCAACGUAGAACCCAACCUAGCAGUGGAGAUGAGUGAGCAAGAAGUGUUGGAAGAGAAACUGGAAAAUGUGAAAGCCGUUCUGCAGGCGUAUCGUUUUACAGGCCUCAGUGGUAAACUGACCAGCCGAGGAGUCUGUGUCUGCAUCAAUACUGCUUUUGAGGGGAACCUGCUGGAUUCCUAUUUUGUGGACCUUGUCAUACAGAAACCACUCCGGAUACAUCACCAUUCAGUCCCAGUCUUCAUUCCUCUAGAAGAGAUCGCUGCAAAAUACUUACAGACCAACAUCCAGCACUUCCUGUUCAGUCUCUGCGAGUACCUGAAUGCUUACUCUGGGAGGAAGUACCAGGCAGACCGACUUCAGAGUGACUUUGCAGCCCUCCUGACUGGGCCCUUGCAGAGAAACCCACUGUGUAACUUGCUGUCAUUUACUUACAAACUGGAUCCAGGCGGUCAGUCCUUCCCGUUCUGUGCUAGAUUGCUGUAUAAGGACCUCACAGCAACUCUUCCCACCGACGUCACUGUGACAUAUCAAGGAGUGGACGCAUUAUCCACUUCAUGGGAGGAGCAGCGAGCAUCCCAUGAAACUCUGUUCUGUAUGAAGCCCCUGCAUCAAGUGUUUGCUUCAUUUGCAAGAAAAGGAGAAAAGUUGGAUAUGAGUCUGGUCUCCUAACAGAGUGUUUUCAUGGCACUGGGAAAACAUCAGAAAAAUAAAUCCCUCCCCCGCCCGUGCCAGGUGAAAGGAAAUAUUGCACUUUCUGCUCUCAUGACUAAGGAGACGGGUUCCAGAAGAACCUUUCAAGAUUACCAGGAACAUCAGGAUGAGGGCCGUCUCAGUGAACUCGGACCAUGUGGAGAUAACCGGUCUCCAGCCUGAGCUCCCUUCAGAAUGGGA